AUGUCAACCACACUCUUCCCUCCCGUUCCCGCCCCCUCCACCGACCAACAAUUCCUCAUCUCCGCCGGUGUCCGCGUCCUCGAGUCUCAAUAUCACACUCUCGAUUUCUCACCUCAAUUCCUCUCCAUCUAUGGCCGACCCACCCUCGUCUAUCGUCCCUGGGAACGUCUCUGGUCGAUUCCCUGCACCCACAUUCUCGAAGCCGUCACACCGCGCUACCCCGCUCACACAGCUGUGUUCCUCAAAUUCGCGGCGUAUAAAGAUCGGUAUGUCGAGUUUUGCUUGGAGGUAGAUAAUUAUUACGGAUGGUUGAGAAUGAAUAGCAAUAAGGGGAAGGGAAAUGGGAAUUCACGGGAGGGAGAGAAUGGCGAGAAAGAGGGGGCGAGGAUCAUUGGGAGAGCGGAGAUGGAGGGCGCGUGGUGUAAGCUUUUGAUCGGCAUGUUUGAUGAGAUGAGGUCGAAGAGGGAUGUGAUGAGGAACUUUGUGGGCCUGAGAAGUAUGCUUGAUGAGGAGAGAAUUGUUAUGACUAUCAAGGAGGUAGAAGCGGAGAUGAAGGAAGUAUUGAGGUUCGCGGUGGAACAGAGAUUCAGCAAAGAAGUCGAGGAAUACUGGGCUAGAAAGCGGAAGAUUUAUGAAUAUCGAUGUCCAGAAUUGGACGUUGAGUGCAUAACCGACUGGUCCAUCGAAGCGCCCUUCCAGAAAUCCCUCUUAAAACCCAACGACAUCAACAACAACGACUACAUUGAAACCGACGACGAGAUCACCGACGAAACAUGCACCUCAAGCCAUGACGAAAACAUCGACUCGGGUAUCUCUCUAAACAGUGCCGAAUCCUCUCAAACGCAAAUGACUCACGAACACAUACAGAAGAUGAGUCAGGAGUCAGAGCAGGAAGGAACACAAGAAGAAAGUGUAGAGGAAGAAGAGGAAGAAGACGCCAGCAUAGAAGAAUCUGAUCCGGCGUUAAACACAAAGCUGAAUCUGAAGCAGGAGAUGCGGGGAGAGGAUUCAGAUACCAUGUAUGGACGAUUGGCGUUUAGGAAUUAGAUCCUGAGACCUGGGAAUCAGAAAGCUGAGGUGAAAGGCAAUUUUUAGGAAAGGACAUAAAAAUAGGCGUUGAGAUAAGUGUCAAAUGCGCAUUGGAGUUGACUUGUGGACUGUGGAUGUGGAUGCGAAUGUGGUAUUGGGCUAUGGAUGAGCAUGGAUAACAUGAAUAGCAUGUAUGCA